AUGCGAAAAAUGUCAGUGGCUCCGACGGUUUUACGCAAUAUUUUCGGUCCGAUCAUCGUUUUGCUGUGCGCCGCCCUCUUUUUCGCACUUGUCAUCUUCGGAUACUCGUCGUGAGUUGAAAUGGGAUAGAAAGUGCUUGGGGGGCAAAAAUACCCGUAUUUUGUGGAUUUGGAAUUUGCACUAUUGUGGGCGACUAUUGUAGAUUCGAGUACGAAAGCGAGUACAAACAAGAGCAGGAGGACUUUGAAGAGUACGGAGUCGCGGUCAACUAUGUUAGCUCAUUUUGUUUGCCAGCUUUAAAAAAUCGUGUUCAGGAGCAAUCCCGUCUCGUGCAAACGGUUGCCUCUGCCAACAGUUAUCAAUCGAAAUAUCAGUUCACCCAAUCGGACGUCUACAGUGAGUUCAUCUCGCAAAUUUUUGUGUUAAAUCAAACUUGAAGGUAUAAUAUCGGGAUUUCUGAACAAGACCCUGUUGACCGUGUCGACGUACAACUUCAUGUGGGUCAAGAGUCUCACGUGAGUGCAUUCGGGCGACUGUAGUCUGUCAAUUCCAUCAUUUUGCAGAAUGCGUCGGAUGUACGAGCACUCUCUGAUGCUCAACGACACGUCGGACAUCGAGUUCCACUACGCCUCCACCAAAAUCGUCGACAUCGUCUUCCGCUCGCUGCUGCCGAUUCUGACAACGUUCGCGUGCGGCACCGGCAUCUCGACCCUCCACACCCUCGUCACUUUCGUCCUCCGCAUCCUCAUCCGUCCCAAGCGCCACGAGGCGUGGACUGUGCAGAGGAACCAGGCCCUCCGCCUGACGGUCAUCUGCUCCAUGGCCGUCGCGAUUGUCUGGUUUGCAGUCUGUUUUGUGUUCAGUGAGUUGGCGAACGGGGUUAUUGUAGAUCCAAUGUGUUUCUGUAGCAUCUUUUGCUCUUUCCAAGUGGCAAGACGUGUCUUUUGUGAAUGCGAUGAAGAUGAUCAUGAAUCUAAUGUCAACUCUACCGCCGGAUCUUCGAAUUGUAAGUUACACUGAGCUUCCGAGAGUAUUAUUUUCCCGCCAGGCGACCGUAACCCACGCGCACAUCUACGCGGCGUUCUUCUACGUCAUCAACACUGCGUUCGGAUACCUCCUGCUCUCGCUGCUCAUUCUCAUCAAAACGUGGCGCAUUUCGGCGUUCGCAAUCCCGUUGAUCAAGGACAUUGACACGGCGAAUCAGGUGGACAAGGAUGUGCAGGUGAAGUAUCGGAAGAGGAGGGCCGAGUGGUUCGGAACGACGAAGCAGCAGGACAAACUCGAAUGA